CUCUAUCCCAAUUCGAGGAGGACAAAUAUGGAGAGGAAAUCGGAAGACAAUAAGAAUCGCAAACCCAAAGAAGAUGAAGCUGAACAUGAACAUGAGCUCCCUCUCAUGUCGCUAAACCAUGUGUCGAGGCUCUGCACGUCAGUCAAGGACUCCGUGGAUUUCUACACCAAGGCGUUGGGCUUCGUGUUGAUCGAGCGACCACAGGCGUUUGAUUUCGAUGGCGCCUGGUUGUUCAAUUACGGAAUUGGGAUUCAUCUAGUUCAAGCCAACGAUGAAGACAAGUUACCAAAUAACCAUGAAUUGGAUCCCAUGGAUAAUCACAUAUCCUUUCAGUGCGAGGACAUGGGAGCUAUGGAGCAGAAAUUGAAGGAUUUGGGGAUCAAAUACAUGAAAAGAACAGUUGGAGGGGAGGAAGAUGGGGUGAUUGAUCAGCUUUUUUUCAACGAUCCAGAUGGAUUCAUGAUCGAGAUUUGCAACUGCGAGAACGUCAAACUGAAGCCAGUAGGUUCUUUUAACCGGAUUAAACUACCAUUUGAUCGGCAUAAUCCUCCAGUGGAGCUCGACGCAAAUGCUGCCAAAGCUAGCUGAAGAAUACUUCUAGUUCGAUUUGUCAUGACUUAUUCUGGAUUGUAAUAUGAAAAAGAUGAUUUGUUGUUAAAAGUGUGAUGCAUAAGAAAAUUUGACAGCGACAAGGAUUAUAAUCUUAUUUCAAUAUUGGAGACU